GUGGCGGGCGAGAGCACGAGUGGGGCGGCCGCUGUGCGCAAUCAGUGCAGGCUCCCACCCGGCUCUGACUCGGCGCGGCCGCGACAGCGCGGCCACACCCUCGGCCCUGCAGCCGCCGCCGGCGCCGCUUCCUGAGAGCGCGAGGUAGGAGAUGUGCCUGGGGCAGCUGUGCGUUCCAGAGUGCCAGUCCGGGCAGCCGUCGCAGAGAAGUGCCGCCUGGCGGGGUCACCGCGCCUGAAGCCCACGUGCGCCGCCGAACCCAAGGUGGCCUGUGGUUGACAGCACAGCCCGCCGGAGCCGCUGCCCGUGUUCCUCCCCGAGGAAAGGAUUUUGAUUUCAAAGAAAGGAAGGAAGGAAGGACAACUCCCAGCUUCCCUGUCCCGCCCUCUCCGCUCUGGGGCGGCCGGGCCAGGCCAUGCCCAGGAAGGCUGCGACGGCUCAGCAGAAGGGACUUUCCUGGCAGCACCGCGGCGAGGAGCGCGGACUGUGAGUUUAUUCUGCCGCGGUUCAUGCUUCCUGCAAGCCUUCUAGGAGGCCGAACGCUGCAGCCUCUCCUCACGCCCCGAAGAGCCUCCGGUGUUCUCUGGCCCUCGGGCUCACCCUACGCUGCCCGGGCUCCGGCCGCCGUAGCCCAGUGCCCUCUACCCGCGGCGGUGGAUGGCAUGAUGGUGCGGGGAAGGCACCGCGGCCUUGGCCAGCUGAGUCGCGGGGGCGGCGGCAGCGGCGGUGGUAGCGGGCUCCCCAGCGGCAUGCCAGUGCCCCCUGGGCGCGAUGGCUAGCGGCAGCGCUGGGAAGCCCACUGGCGAGGCGGCUUCUCCGGCUCCUGUGAGCGCCGUCGGUGCGGCCAGCUCGCAGCCACGGAAGAGGCUGGUGUCGGUCUGCGACCACUGCAAAGGCAAGAUGCAGCUGGUGGCCGACCUGCUACUACUGUCCAGCGAGGCCCGGCCAGUGCUCUUCGAGGGCCCCGCCUCCUCUUGUGCUGGUGCGGAGUCCUUUGAGCAGUGCCGGGACACCAUCAUUGCGCGCACCAAGGGGCUUUCCAUUCUCACCCAUGAUGUGCAAAGCCAGCUUAACAUGGGCCGAUUUGGAGAGGCUGGGGACAGUCUAGUGGAGCUGGGCGACCUGGUGGUGUCGCUGACCGAGUGCUCAGCCCACGCUGCCUAUCUGGCUGCGGUGGCCACCCCAGGCGCACAGCCUGCUCAGCCGGGCCUAGUGGAUCGCUACCGCGUGACACGCUGUCGCCACGAGGUGGAGCAGGGCUGCGCGGUGCUAAGAGCCACCCCACUGGCCGAUAUGACCCCGCAGCUGCUGCUGGAGGUGUCACAGGGCCUGUCGCGAAACCUCAAAUUCCUGACGGACGCAUGCGCCCUAGCCAGUGACAAAUCACGGGACCGCUUUUCACGCGAGCAGUUCAAGCUGGGCGUCAAGUGCAUGAGCACCAGUGCAUCGGCGCUGCUGGCCUGCGUAAGGGAGGUGAAGGUGGCACCCAGUGAACUGGCGCGCAGCCGCUGCGCGCUCUUCAGUGGGCCCCUGGUGCAGGCUGUGAGCGCACUGGUGGGCUUCGCCACCGAGCCGCAGUUCCUGGGUCGCGCGGCCGCUGUGAGCGCAGAGGGCAAGGCGGUGCAGACCGCCAUCCUGGGUGGUGCCAUGAGCGUGGUGUCAGCCUGCGUGCUUCUGACCCAGUGCCUCAGGGAUCUGGCGCAGCACCCCGAUGGGGGCGCCAAGAUGUCGGACCACAGGGAGAGGCUGAGGAACUCGGCCUGCGCCGUGUCUGAAGGCUGCACCCUGCUAUCUCAGGCUUUAAGAGAGAGGUCUUCACCCAGGACUUUACCGCCAGUAAAUUCCAAUUCUGUGAAUUAGCAACACCCCCCUCCACCCCAUGCCCUUUCUUCUACCCCAGCCUAAAGGAAGACACUUAUUCUCUGCCCCUCUCCAUUUAUACCAAAGAAAUCAUAGGUGAAACACCCCGCCCCCCCCCCCACCAUGUUAAUUGCCCAAGAGGAAUCUUCCAGAAGUCAGGGCCAUGCACACAACUCACAUGCACCGAAGAACCCAGGUGUCAAGCAGCCCAUACAGGAGUGGGGAGCAGAAAAUGGGUAAUCUGCUGAUUGUGGUUUUACCCCUACACCCCACCCCUGUCCGUCAACUGAAUUUUAUUAAUUGGGCAGGAAGGAGGUCAUGGGUUCAUUUCUUCUUUUUUAUUUUAAUUAAAAGAAAGGUUACCUCAGUUUCACUCUUUAGACAUGGAUGUAGCUACCUUUUUUUUUUUGUAUGUUAUUUUUUUAAGCAAUUGUGUUGAAUUAGGAGUAUACUUGGUGUGGAAAGAGUAUGACUUUGCCAUGUGAUUUGCAAAUGGGGGGAAAGCUACUGUGAGCGUGUUUUAUUUUUUAAUUUACACCAUAGAGUGAUUUUUUUCCCCCAGUGUCAAGUUUUUACCUUGCAUGUACUGGAGUAUUUAUUUCAUCUAUUAAAAUGUUAUGUUUCUCAGA